ACAUUAUUUAAUUCCUUUUCAUGCAAGGACAAUCUCCUUGAUAGAAAAAGAAAGAAAGGAUUUUGUUGUAGCAAUGUGCUGGUGAUUGAUUUACAGUGAGCAGCGCGAGAAGGAGGAAGAGGAGAAGGAGAAAGAAAGAAAGAAAGAAAGAGCAUUUUCCAACACAAACAGCAACAUGUUCGAUGGAAUAUCAGACCAGUUCCACCAAUUCAUAGCACCAAGGACCACUCUUCCUCUUCACUUGUCUUUCCCUCUUCAUGCCUCUUCAACUUCCCCAACUACCUUCUUACCCUUUGAUCCCUAUAACCCUACUUCUCAAUCUCAACAACACCAUUUCCCACUCCAAACCAAUCUCUUCCACCCAUUGCACCCUCCUUCUCCUCCUACCCACAAACACAAGCUUCCUUCAAUCCACCUAACCGAUGAUUCCUGGUCCAACGAUGAACUCCUUGCACUUUUCAGAAUCAGAUCUACCAUGGAAAAUUGCUUCCCGGAGCACACAUGGGACCAUGUCUCCAGGAAGCUGGGAGAGCUUGGGUUUAAGAAGAGUGCUGAGAAGUGCAAGGAGAAGUUCGAAGAUGAGAGUGGAUAUUUCGACAACGUUAGUAACUACGGCAAGAACAAUUACCGGUUCCUUAGCGAGCUGGAGGAGCUUUGUCAAAACCCUGAUUCGGCUGGUGGUGGCGGUGGCGAUUGUGACGGUGAUGAUGGAAUCGUGAGGAGUGAAAAGACCCUCCUCCACCUUGGAGCAGACAACAUGGGCCAUCGACAAUGUGAUGGAACAGAUGACAAGGUUGUGGUGGAGAAGUCAAAGGAGCGAAAGAGGAAGAGACGUGACAGGUUCGAAAUGUUCAAGGGUUUUUGCGAGAGUUUUGUGAACAAGAUGAUGGCUCAACAGGAAGAGAUUCACAACAGGCUCCUGGAGGACAUGGUGAAAAGGGACCAAGAGAAGUUUGCCAGAGAGGAAGCAUGGAAGAAGCAAGAGAUGGAGAGGAUGAACAAGGAGCUUGACAUCAUGGCACAGGAGCAAGCUAUCGCCGGAGACAGACAUGCUACCAUAAUUGAAUUCUUAAAGAAAUGUGCAACAACAACGUCAACAACAAGCCAAAAUGCCAACGGUUCCAGUCUUCCAAAUCGUUCACUAUUGCACUCACUAAACCCUAAUAGUCCUUCCAAUGAAGAUAACAACCUCGAUCCAACACCAACGCUUCUGAAUCAUGAUCAAACUAAGUUAUUAAGAGCAGAAAACCCUAGUUCAAGUGAGACAUUAUUACAAGUUCCUUCUUCCUCCAACUCUUCCCCAACUCCCCACAACCCUAGUUCUUCCCUCAAUAGCCAAAACAAUACUAUCCCAUUAGAGUCAAAUUCAGUUUCGACGUACAAGACAACCUCAACAACCCCACCAGGCAGAACUGAGAAUUCGAAAGAUGAUGUUGGGAGAAGAUGGCCAAGGGAUGAAGUGCUAGCACUGAUAAACCUGAGGUGCACGAGUGUAAGUAACAGUGAAGAAAAAGAAGGAAAUAACAAGGGUCCUCUGUGGGAGAGAAUCUCGCAAGGGAUGUCAGAGGUGGGAUACAAGAGAAGCGCAAAGAGAUGCAAAGAGAAAUGGGAGAACAUAAACAAGUACUUCAGAAAAACUAAGGAUGUUAACAAGAAAAGGUCCCUUAAUUCUAGGACCUGUCCUUAUUUCCAUCAACUGAGUUGCUUGUAUGGUCAGGGAAAAAUUGUGGCAGCACAGUCGGAAAGAGAAGGAAACUACAUGAGUCCAACCGCGAAUUCCGGCCAAGUGCCACCGGAUGUUGAUGAUGAAGAUGAGUCUUCUCAUGUGGGGUCUGGUGGUUUGGAUCAUUAUGCAUGUUAAUUGAUCAUCUCAUGCAGGUCAGAAAAUACUUUGAAAUUAUUAAGUAAUAUUAAUACCUUCUUUCGAUUGUGAUUACUUUCAAAUUCAUUAAUUUGCCAAUUUCAUAAUAACUUCCACUA